AUCUCUCCAUCUCUGCGCUGUUGCUGGCUGCGCCAUCCGGCACCCGGACUCUGGACCCAGCUGGGGUUCCUGACUCCAGCAGCGGGGACCCUGUCCCAGCGAGACCACAGGCAUGUCAUCGGAGAAGUCAGGCCUCCCAGACUCAGUCCCUCACACUUCUCCACCGCCCUACAAUGCCCCCCAGCCCCCAGCCGAGCCCCCCGCCCCUCCCCCACAGGCAACCCCCUCCUCGCACCAUCAUCACCACCACCACUACCACCAGUCUGGCACCGCCACCCUCCCGCGUUUAGGAGCCGGCGGCCUGGCCUCCUCUGCGGCCGCGGCUCAGCGCGGUCCCUCGUCCUCGGCCACGCUGCCCCGGCCCCCGCACCACGCGCCGCCCGGCCCAGCCGCCGGGGCGCCCCCGCCAGGAUGUGCUACCUUGCCCCGCAUGCCUCCCGACCCUUAUCUGCAGGAGACUCGCUUCGAGGGUCCGCUUCCCCCGCCGCCGCCGGCCGCCGCCGCCCCGCCACCGCCGCCGCCCGCCCAGACCACCCAGGCCCCGGGCUUCGUGGUGCCCACGCACGCGGGGACGGUGGGCACGUUGCCGCUGGGGGGCUACGUGGCGCCCGGCUACCCGCUGCAGCUGCAGCCAUGCACCGCUUACGUGCCGGUCUACCCGGUGGGUACGCCCUACACAGGCGGGACCCCAGGAGGAACCGGAGUGACCUCCACCCUACCCCCGCCGCCCCAGGGCCCAGGCCUGGCCCUCCUGGAGCCGAGGCGCCCGCCCCACGACUACAUGCCCAUCGCGGUGCUGACCACCAUCUGCUGCUUCUGGCCCACCGGCAUCAUCGCCAUCUUCAAGGCCGUGCAGGUGCGCACGGCCCUCGCCCGCGGAGACAUGGUGUCGGCCGAGAUCGCUUCGCGCGAGGCCCGGAAUUUCUCCUUCAUCUCCCUAGCUGUGGGCAUCGCGGCCAUGGUGCUGUGUACCAUCCUGACCGUAGUCAUCAUCAUCGCCGCGCAGCACCACGAGAACUAUUGGGAUCCCUAGGAUCGCACCCCGCCGGGCCCCACUCUGCGUCCCUCGGCCUCCCAGGCAUCUGCCGCAGUCCGGCCGCGGACCCGGGGGACGCCCUGCACACGCGCCUCGGGGGCCGCCGGGCUGAAGUGCAUCCUCAACUCGGCCUCCACGGGACCUCGGGCCGGGCGAGCACGCUCCGAAGCCAGUUCCUCAGGAACCUCUCCAAGACCCACACCCCCAGGGACGCCGCUUCCCCGGAGCACCCCCAAACGUCGGGCCCCAGGGCGCUCCAGGCCCCCCACCC